CGUGUCAGCGCGCGGCGGCGGCCCCCGCGCGGGCGGCCAAUCAGCGCGGGGGUGACAAAUAUGCAAAUGCGCCCCCCAGCCCGUCCCCGCGGGUUCGCUGGGGCCGCUGGGGUCGCGGCGCGGAGCGAGUGAAACUUCGCCCCCCGCCCUGCGCCCCCCCCGCGCGGGGCCCCUCCCGCGCAGCGCCCGCGGGGAGGAGCGGGGAGAGGCGCGGGGACAGCGCCGAGCGCCGCCCGCACCGCCCGCCGGCCUGCGACACCGCACGGAUUUUUCAAACUUUUAAGUAUUCCAAAAUUGUCUCCAUAUUGGAAGCUGUUCAAGCAAGUGGACACUGUUCUAAAGAGUCUCUGAUGAUGAGGUAUCCAUCUGGAUUUAAAACACAGUUCUAAGUUUUUCAAUUCUUCAUUCAAGAGAUGUGUUCUAUAUUCAUGGGAUGCUUUAACACCUGAAGACAGAUGUUUCAUCAGAAGCACUAAUGGCUGUUGGCAUGCCUUGGAUAAGGUGGUGACCGCUGGAUGUCAUUUGUUUCUGUUCACUGUGGAGAGACAAAAUUGACUCCAUUUGGAGUUGAGAGCAAAAGCAGAACAGACCUCUCAAGAUGACUGAUCCUAUGAUGGAUUUUUUUGAUGAUGCCAAUCUUUUUAGUGAGACCUUAGAAGGUUUGUCAGAUGAUGCCUUUGUUCAACCUGGACCUGUUUCACUUGUUGAUGAAUUGAAUUUGGGUGCAGAAUUUGAACCUUUGCACAUAGACUCACUGAACCAUGUGCAAGAUGCUCAAAAUCAACAAAAGAUGAGUGAGUUUGAUCAGCUGAAUCAGUAUGAUUCACUGAAGCUUCACUCAGUAAAUCAGUCUUUUAAUAGCUCAGCUGACAAUGUCUUAUCACCACACUCUCAGUUCAAUUGUUCACCAGUUCAUCCGCAAAACCAGUCCAAUGGGAUGUUUCCAGAUGUGGCCGAUGGUAGUCCUAUGUGGGGUCAUCAAACUGCCACGACUGUUUCGAAUCAAAAUGGGUCCCCUUUUCACCAAGGACAUUCUCAGUCUAUGCAGCAAAACAAAAGCUUUGUAGCACACCAUGACUUUGCCUUAUUUCAGGCUAAUGAACCACAGCAUCAGUGUGCCUCGCUACGGCCGCAGCAGAGCAGGAACAGCACGGGGCAGGAUGCUCUGAGUCAGCCAAAAGACUUCAUGGAAGUUAACGUGUCUACUUCCCUCAGAGUCAGUGUUAACCACCCACCUUCAGUUUCUAAUCCAUCGACUUCACAGCAGCCUCUGUCUGUUCAACAGUUUUCUCAAACUGCAAGUGCUUCGAUACAUUUUUGUGGGAAUCAAGAAGGAAAUUUUGAUGGACAGUCCCCAACUAUUACUCCAUGUUCUGUCAGUAAUAGUCAACAAUUUUCAUCUCCGUAUUCCUACUCUAAUAAUCACAUUUCUCCUACCAGCCUUCUUCAGCCUACAACAGCUCUUUCUACUAGCCAGCAGACACACUCUAUCUCUGACUUCACUGGAAGUGAUGCCUUUACAUCUCAAACAGGGACCAAGCAAGAAACAACCGAGCACAUGUUGAAUCCUAACACAACUUUGAAUUCAAGUACUUUUCAAAUGUUGCAUUCUGCGCAUCCUCAGGGCAACUUUAGUAGUUCGAAACUCUCUCCUGUGAAUAUUAAUUUUCCAGCUUCUACUGGUUCUGCUUCUCAGAUAAGCCAUUUCACCGACCCUAUUGAAAGCAACGGUUUUACAUCUUUAGAUGACAAUUUACUUCAUCAAGUGGAGACUCACAGUGAACCAUUCACAGGACUUGACCCGGAUGACCUCUUACAGGAAGAUCUUCUGCCACAGUUUGAUGACUCUGCCUUUGUUCAGGAUAGCACAAGCCAUGUUUUAGAGCAUGACCUGGAACACCACAUAACCCCACAGCAAGUGACACCGUCAUCCGAACUCGUUCGGGCACCGUCUCAGACUCAGAUCCAUCCUUGGCAUUCUUCAGUUUCUAAUCAGCACCUGCAGGGCAGAAGUCGUGCAACCUUACAAGGACAGCCUCCUUCCAAGAAGACUGAUGGUUCAGGAUCAUAUACUAAGUUGCAGAAUACCCAGGUGAGGGGAAUGUCUGAAAAGAAGCAGAAGAAAAAAACAGACUCGGAAAGUAAACAAGAGAAGGCAAAUCGCAUUAUAUCCGAAGCAAUUGCAAAGGCAAAAGAGAGAGGAGAGAGAAACAUUCCACGAGUAAUGAGCCCUGAAAACUUCCCCAGUGUUUCAGCUGAAGGAAAAGAGGAAAAGAAGGGUAGAAAAGUUAAAUCCAAACCAAAGGAUAAGGAGACUAAAAAGCCGAAAACUGGUUCCUCAUCCAAAAUUAAAGAGAAAACAAAAAUUGGAAAGCUGAUCAUCACACUGGGCAAAAAGCAGAAAAGGAAAAACGAAUCUUCAGAUGAAUUGUCUGAUGCUAAGCAGACUCCACAGCGGCCACUGAAAGAUGAAGACUCACAGAAGAGAAGAUCAAAUCGUCAAGUUAAAAGGAAAAAGUACUCUGAAGAAGGAGAAGGGAAACAAUCAGAAGAAGAAGCAGCUAAAGUUGCUGUUAAAAUGAAGAAGAAUUCUGCCCCUUUACCUGCUGAGCAGCCUUUACAAUUAUUUGUGGAAAAUCCAAGUGAAGAAGAUGCAGCAAUUGUAGACAAAAUCUUAUCCUCCAGGGUAAUAAAGAAAGAAAUAUCUGCAGGGAUGACAGUAGACACAGAAGAGUUUUUUGUAAAAUACAAGAACUACUCAUAUCUCCACUGUGAGUGGGCCACAGAACAACAGCUUUUAAAGGAUAAAAGAAUCCAGCAGAAAAUAAAGCGAUUCAAAGUAAGGAAAGCACAAAGAGCUCACUUCUUUGCAGAUAUGGAAGAGGAACCUUUUAAUCCUGACUAUGUUGAAGUAGACCGAGUAUUAGAAGUGUCUCUUUGUGAAGACAAAGACACUGGUGAGCCUGUUAUUUACUAUUUAGUAAAAUGGUGUUCGUUGCCAUAUGAAGACAGUACGUGGGAGCUGAAAGAAGAUGUAGAUCAAGCAAAAAUAGAAGAAUUUGAACAAUUGCAAGCUUCCAGGCCUGACUCAAGGAGAUUGGACCGACCACCUCCAAACUCCUGGAAGAAGAUAGAACAGUCCAGGGAAUAUAAAAAUGGCAAUCAGCUCAGGGAAUAUCAACUGGAAGGACUUAACUGGCUCCUCUUCAACUGGUACAAUAGGCGAAAUUGCAUAUUAGCAGAUGAAAUGGGCCUUGGCAAAACCAUUCAGUCCAUUACAUUCCUGUAUGAAAUCCUCCUGACGGGUAUAAGAGGCCCUUUCCUGAUCAUAGCUCCGCUCUCCACCAUAACAAACUGGGAGCGGGAGUUCCGCACGUGGACUGACCUGAACGUCGUGGUGUACCACGGGAGCAUGAUCAGCAGGCAGAUGAUUCAGCAGUAUGAGAUGUACUUCAGGGACUCCCAGGGCCGUAUUGUCCGAGGUACCUACAGGUUCCAGGCCAUUAUCACAACGUUUGAAAUGAUCCUUGGUGGCUGUCCAGAAUUAAAUGCAAUUGAGUGGCGCUGUGUUAUUAUUGAUGAAGCUCACAGACUGAAGAACAAAAACUGCAAACUUUUGGAAGGACUAAAAUUAAUGAACCUUGAGCAUAAAGUGCUGUUAACAGGUACCCCACUGCAGAACACAGUAGAAGAAUUAUUUAGCCUCCUUCAUUUUCUGGAACCAUUGCGUUUUCCUGCUGAAUCUACAUUCAUGCAAGAGUUUGGAGACCUUAAAACAGAGGAACAGGUUCAGAAACUACAAGCUAUCCUGAAACCCAUGAUGCUCAGGAGAUUAAAAGAAGAUGUAGAAAAAAAGCUGGCUCCUAAGGAGGAAACUAUAAUAGAAGUAGAGCUAACUAAUAUUCAGAAGAAAUAUUACCGAGCGAUUUUGGAGAAAAAUUUUGCCUUCUUAUCCAAAGGAGCAGGGCAGGCGAAUGUACCCAACCUGGUUAACACUAUGAUGGAACUCAGAAAGUGUUGUAAUCACCCUUAUCUCAUCAAAGGUGCUGAAGAGAAGAUCCUUGGAGAGUUUAAGGAAACAUAUAGUCCAAGUGCUCCUGACUUCCACCUGCAAGCAAUGAUCCAGUCUGCUGGUAAAUUGGUUCUUAUUGAUAAGCUGCUUCCAAAAAUGAAAGCAGGAGGCCACAAGGUCCUUAUCUUCUCUCAAAUGGUGCGCUGCCUUGAUAUUUUGGAGGAUUACCUUAUCCAUAAAAGGUACCUGUACGAGCGCAUCGACGGGCGCGUGCGGGGCAACCUCCGGCAGGCGGCCAUCGACCGCUUCAGCAAACCCGACUCGGAUCGCUUCGUCUUCCUGCUCUGCACCAGGGCUGGGGGCCUGGGCAUCAACCUGACUGCUGCAGAUACCUGCAUCAUUUUUGAUUCUGACUGGAACCCCCAAAAUGACCUGCAGGCUCAAGCCCGAUGCCACAGGAUUGGUCAGAACAAAGCAGUGAAGGUCUACAGGCUGAUCACACGUAAUUCCUAUGAGAGAGAGAUGUUUGACAGAGCAAGUCUGAAACUGGGACUGGAUAAGGCUGUCUUGCAGAGUAUGAGUGGAAGAGAAAACAGUGUUGGUGGUAUCCAACAACUCUCCAAAAAAGAAAUAGAGGACUUGCUUCGAAGAGGUGCCUAUGGUGCCAUAAUGGAUGAGGAGGAUGAAGGCUCCAAGUUCUGUGAGGAGGACAUUGACCAGAUCCUGCAACGUCGGACCAAAACCAUCACGAUCGAGUCUGAGGGAAGGGGCUCCACGUUUGCCAAGGCUAGUUUCGUUGCAUCUGGAAACAGGACUGAUAUUUCACUAGAUGAUCCUAACUUCUGGCAGAAAUGGGCCAAAAAAGCAGAAAUUGAUAUUGAUGCUAUCAGUGGUAGAAACAGCCUUGUCAUUGAUACCCCAAGAAUCAGGAAGCAAACACGGCCCUUCAGUGCUACCAAGGAUGAGCUGGCAGAGCUGUCAGAGGUGGAGAGUGAGGGGGAUGAGAAGCCCAAGCUGCGCCGGCCGUGCGACCGCUCCAAUGGCUAUGGAAGGACAGAGUGCUUCCGUGUGGAGAAGAACUUGCUGGUCUAUGGGUGGGGCCGAUGGAGAGAAAUUCUGUCCCACGGCCGCUUCAAGAGGCAGCUGAACGAGCAGGAUGUGGAGAUCAUUUGCAGAGCCCUGUUAGCCUAUUGCCUUGUUCACUACAGAGGGGAUGAGAAAAUAAAGAGUUUUAUAUGGGAUCUCAUCACCCCAACAGAGGAUGGGCAAACACGAGAGUUACAGAACCACCUCGGCUUAUCAGCCCCUGUGCCUAGAGGAAGAAAAGGAAAAAAAGUGAAGACCCAGGCUAGCACUUUUGAUAUACACAAAGCAGAAUGGCUUCGAAAAUACAAUCCAGAGCAUCUGCUGCAAGAUGAAGGCUACAAAAAGCACAUAAAACACCAUUGCAACAAAGUCUUACUUCGAGUAAGAAUGCUGUAUUACUUAAAGCAAGAAGUCAUUGGUAAUGAAUUCCAAAAGGUCUUUGAUGGAACUGAUGCCAGUGAAAUUGAUGUUUGGGUUCCUGAGCCAGACCACUCUGAAGUUCCUGCUGAGUGGUGGGAUGCAGAUGCAGAUAAAUCUCUUCUAAUUGGAGUUUUUAAACAUGGUUAUGAAAAAUACAACACUAUCAGAGCAGACCCAGCUCUUUGCUUCUUGGAAAGAGUUGGAAAACCAGAUGAGAAAGCAGUUGCUGCUGAACAGAGAGCAAAUGAUUAUAUGGAUGGGGAUGUGGAAGAUCCAGAGUAUAAACCAGCACCAGCACUGUUUAAAGAUGACAUAGAGGAUGAUGUUUCAUCUCCAGGUGAUCUCGUAAUAGCAGAUGGAGAUGGACAAAUGAUGGAAGGGGACAAAAUCUACUGGCCCACUCAGUCUGCCUUAACAACGCGGCUGCGCCGCCUGAUCACCGCUUAUCAACGCACGAGCAAAAACAGGCAGGCCCAGCAGAUCCAGCCAGCAUUCCCAGUACAAACCAGUAUGAUGCAGCUGCCAUAUGAAGAAGCUGCAUUAAAUCCAAAGAUGGCUGCUAAGAUUGAAAGACAGCAAAGAUGGACAAGAAGAGAAGAAGCUGACUUUUACAGAGUUGUGUCCACAUUUGGAGUGGUGUUUGACCCUGAGAGGGGACGGUUUGACUGGACCAAGUUUCGAGCGAUGGCUCGGCUGCACAAGAAAACUGAUGAGAGCUUGGAGAAGUACCUGUAUGCAUUUAUGUCAAUGUGCAGGAGGGUCUGUCGCCUCCCCUCAAAAGAAGAACUCGUGGACCCAAACCUUUUCAUCCAGCCCAUCACCGAGGAACGCGCUUCCCGGACUUUGUACCGCAUUGAGCUCCUGCGCAAAGUGCGGGAACAGGCCCUCAGGCACCCCCAGCUCUUUGAGAGGCUAAAGCUGUGCCAGCCAAACCCUGACCUGCCUGUCUGGUGGGAGUGUGGGACUCACGACAGAGAUCUGCUUAUUGGAGCUGCUAAGCACGGAGUCAGCAGGACAGAUUAUCAUAUUCUUCGUGAUCCUGAACUCUCAUUUAUGUCUGCCCAGAGGAGCUAUAAUCAAAACAAAGUGGCUCUCUCAAGGACUUCUACUCCACUCUUGCACCAGUACCAGAUGGCAUUAUCUGCUUCUCCUCUUACACCUCAGUCAAGACUGUCAGAUGCUAAAGUGAACGCUUUUGAGGACACAAAAGCUAAAAAUGAAAAUCUGAAAGAGGAGCCUCAGUCUUCUGAAGAGGAAUCUAUGUCUACAGAGGAGACACAGACAAUACUGAAAUCUGAACCUUUGAGUCCCAAAAAUGGCACCUCAAUACAAAUGACAGACCACAGACCUAGCGUGAAGGCUGAGACAGACAGACGCAUGGUGGCAGCAAGGACAGAGCCUCUAACGCCAAACCCAGCUUCCAAAAAACAGAGAGUCAGCAAAAGGGGGUCUGACUCUAGCUCUGACUCAGACUCUGACUCAGAUAGAUCAUCCUGUUCUUCCAGGUCAUCAUCUUCAUCCUCUUCGUCUUCCUCAUCUUGUUCCCACUCUCGAUCUGGCUCUAGCUCUUCAUCAUCCUCAUCUUGUUCUUCAGCAUCUUCAUCGUCCUCUUCAUCGUCCUCAUCGUCAUCGUCGUCAUCAUCAUCAUCGUCUGAAGAGAGUGAUAGUGAUGAAGAGGAGGCACAAAAACGUGCAGAAGGAACUCCACAUAUAAAAGCCUAUGAUGAAGAGAGUGUGGCCUCUCUGAGCACCACACAAGAUGAGACACAGGACAGUUUCCAGAUGAACAAUGGGACCCCAAAUUCUGGUUAUCUCCUACAAGGUGGAUACAUGUUGGCUGCAUCCUACUGGCCCAAGGAUCGAGUUAUGAUUAACCGACUGGACAGCAUUUGUCAGACAGUGCUGAAGGGUAAAUGGCCUUCAGCCCGAAGGAGCUACGACAGCACCACCGUGGCAUCGUUCUACACCACCAAGCUGCUGGACAGCUCAGGGGCAGCUGCAGAGUACAGUGAGCCCAGUGCACCCACACCCCCUCUGGCAGCUGUAAAAGAAGAAUAUGACCAAUCACCCCAGCUGUCAAAGGACCUGGUUGCGAUUGCGGUGUGCGGCAUGCUUUACCUGCAAGUGGCUGCCUGCUCUCACUCUCACUUCUUCACACACUUGUUUGAAGGUGGUUUGAAAUUGACUUUUCAGAAGCAGGGACUGUCUCAGAAAAGGCCGUUUGAAAGCGAGGAGGGUGCAUUGGGUCAGCAGCAGUAUCUGGCUCGGCUCCGUGAACUCCAGAAUGCUUCAGAAACCAGCCUUGUCAACUUCCCAAAAUCACUUCCCAAAUCAGGUACUUCCAGUCACUUAACAGCCAGUGCCAAUGGAGUCAUCGUUGACAGUCAGCCUGUGGUCAAAAAGAGACGAGGAAGAAGGAAGAAUGUGGAGGGGGUUGAUGUCCUCUUUAUGAAUAGAAAUAAACAGCCUAACCAUGUUAAUCCAGGUAUUAACUCCUGCCAGGUGGCUGCAGGAAUAAACCCAGCACUCACUUACACACAGUCCCAAGGCGUGCUCGAUGCAGAGAGCCCAGUUCCUGUUAUUAACCUAAAAGAUGGAACAAGGCUUGCAGGUGAUGAUGCCCCUAAAAGAAAAGAUUUAGAAAGGUGGCUUAAAGAACAUCCUGGAUAUGUUGAAGAUUCAGGAGCUUGUAUUCCUAGGAUGCAGCUGCACGAUGGGAGGCCCAAACAAAAAAGACACCGUUGUCGAAACCCCAAUAAACUGGAUGUUAACAGUUUAACUGGUGAAGAACGUGUUCAGCUCAUAAAUAGAAGAAAUGCAAGAAAGGUUGGGGGUGCAUUUGCUCCCCCUCUGAAGGAUUUGUGCAGAUUCUUGAAAGAAAAUCCAGAGUAUGGAGUGGCUCCUGAGUGGGGAGAAGUGGUAAAACAGUCUGGCUUCCUCCCCGAGGGGAUGUUCGAGCGCAUCCUGACGGGCCCGGUGGUGCGGGAGGAGGUGAGCCGCAGGGGGAGGCGCCCCAAGAGCGAGAUCGCCAAGGCCACGGCGGCCGCGGCCGCUGCCUCGGCGCACAGCGUGUCCGUGAACCCCCUGCUGGCCAACGGGCUGCUGCCGGGCGUGGAGCUGCCCGGCCUGCAGGCCCUGCAGCACAACCUGCACAACCUGCAGUCGCUGCAGGUGACGGCGGGACUGAUGGGAAUGCCGGCCGGCCUCGCUGCUGCCGCGGGAGAGGCCAAGAACGUGGCUGCCAUGUUCCCCAUGCUGCUGUCGGGGAUGGCCGGGCUGCCAAACCUGCUGGGCAUGGGAGGGCUCCUGACAAAGUCCACGGAAUCCGGCUCGGAGGAGAAAAAGGGAAAUGAUGCGAAGGAGACGGAUGCAAAGAAGGAAAGGACAGAAGACCAAAACACGGAUACUGGUGGUGAAAACUCUGUUUCCAGUUCUCCUUCGACAUCCUCUGCCGCCGCAGCUGCCAAUCCUCUCUCUCUUAACCCUUUACUUUUGUCCAACAUACUUUACCCAGGGAUGCUUCUCACUCCAGGCCUUAAUCUUCAUAUCCCAGCUUUGUCUCAGUCUAAUAUUUUUGAUGUACAGAACAGUGAAAGCAAUGACACGGGCUCAGCCAAGCCCACAGAAGAAAAGGAGGAAAAUUCUAGGGUUAGAGAUCAGGAAGACAAAGGGGGAACAGAGCCAAGCUCUCACAAUGAAAACAGCACAGAUGAGGGUUCAGAGAAAGCAGAUGCUUCAUCUGGAUCUGACAGUACAUCGUCUUCAUCUGAGGAUUCGGAUUCGAGCGAUGAAGACUGACCCCAGACUCUGCACUUAAAUUAUAAACUGAUUUUGAAUUUAUUCUUUAAUUAUUUCAUUGUAAAUAACCCAGUGUUGAGUGCAUCAAUGAUUUACUGACCGAACAUUUCAGUAUUUGUUUAGAAGUGCAAACUGCUUUCAGAGACGUUUUGCAUGUAAUAUUUCUUGAAGUUCAUAAGUUUCUGAACUUGUAUGUACUAUCAAAUACACAAUGGUGUAAAAUUACAACAAAAGGCAUUAUAAUUUUGUUGGGGGGUUAAUUUUAUGAAAAUAAUGCUCAAGUAAGAGCUGUAUAUUUAAUAUAUUUGCAGUGAACACAGAAUACUUUAUGCAUAUUAUUGAUUUAAUUUGAAUAUAGUUUUACAGCCUCCUUGACACUUAUAAUUUACAGAUCAAAACUCAGCAAUAAUUUGGGCAGCUAAUGAAUGUCAUGAAAGCUGUAGAAUCUACAUCACCAUCCAUUGCUUUAAUUACAUGAAAAUGCUCUAGUGUUGUGAUGCACUGCUGUUUCCAAUUCAGGUACAAGUGUGUUUAAAAGAAGAUAAAUUUUUCCCAAUUAGCCAAUUAAACUGGCUACCUGUUACCUCAGCUGAGUUAGUUUAGGAAGUUUACAUUGGUUUCUAUUACUUGUUUUCAGGUUUUGUUUUGUUUUUUAAAGACAUCCUGUAUAGCAUGUUCAAAUCUGAGUUACUUGAGGUAAGACUGUUGGGGUUUUCUUUCCCCCUUAUUGCAGCUGUUCUCUUUGACAGCAGUAAGGGGAAAAUAAAGCAAAAACUGUCUUAUCUCCUGCUACUUGGCACCAUGUAGGUCUAUUUAGUUUACACCUUGCAAAGUUUUGGGCUCCCUCUGCAGAAUUAAAAGUCCCAAAAUGAGGAGUAGUUUCCCCAAGACUCAGAAGAGGCAAACUGUCAUAAAGUGCCACUGAAAAGACCUUUCAACACUGCAUAAUUCAUGUAAAAAUGGUUUGUUUGCUUUGUUUGUGUAGAUUUCUAUUUGUGUUUUAUGUCAUAAAACCUCCUGGAGUUCCCAGUUAAUAAUGGUAAAUAAAGUACAGAUAGUUUUGAACUCCUUUUGAGUUUAAACUUCUCUGCAGAUUUAAAUCUGACUAAAUAUUAUCCAAAAUCAUUAUUGGGAUAUCACUUCAUAUAUUAUGCUGAGUUACCCACUAAAGAAAAAAGCACUUUGAAUAGUAAGGAAGACAAAUUAUUCCUAGAAACCACAGUAACAGGGCAUAAGGCAUCUCGUUUCAAGUCCAAAUCCUUAGAACCCUUUACUAUAUAAAAUCUGUCUAAGAUUUGAUGUGUGAUAUGAUUCCUCCUUCUUGUUAAGCUGCUAUUACUCUGACACAGUCGAGGCCCAGAUUCACAUUUACAGAACUUCUGAACUGACUGAGACUUCAGGUGACCUUGGUUACAUCAUUUGUGGUCCAAGAAUAGGCAAGUGUUAAGAGAAAAUAGAUACAGGUACUAGUGAAAGUCAUGGAAAAAGCUUUACAAAGGGAUAAAUUUAAAAAUAAAAAACAAAAACUGUAUAUUUUGAUAUAGUUCUGUUGCUUGCUUGUACAGUAAAACAACUGUGUUGUUUUUUAUCAAGAACUUUACCAAUGAAAUAUAAGUUUCUAUGUGCAAAAUAACUAGCCCCAUGAUUAGAAGCAGUAUUAGAUGUAAUUACACAAUUAUACAAGUACCAUUUGGAUUGUGCUGGUUACGUAUUUUCCCAGAUAGUAUUCUGAUUUUUGGCCCUUCAUGCAGUGUCUUAGCAAUAGUGAAAAUCAAAAACUGCCAAGAGAAGGGGGUAGCCAAUUCUUCGUCAUUCAAAGAAAAAGUAUUUCAUAUUUAAUAUUUUGCCCUUUGUGUAAUAUAGCACUUUUAUUUAACUAGGAUGCAUCAAUGAAAUAGCCAAAGUUUUACAAGCAGUUAUUAACUUCGUUUGCUGAUGGAGUAUGUCAACAAUACCAUCACUUCCCACCCUUCCCCCACAAAACAAGUCCUAAAUCUUGUGGCUAAAACCUAAUUUAUAUCAGAUUUAUGAAAUAAAGUAUUUUCCUAUUAUGGUCAAGUAAGUUUGGUUACUGUUCUAGUGAUUCUUUCUAUGUAAUAAGGCAAUUACAGUUUCAAGUAAUGAAGGCUGGUGUAGACUUGAACAUAAUUAUAUUUGGGUUAUUUUUCAUCAGUUUGAUCCAGAGGGGGAAAAAAGUGUCCCACUAUCAGCUAAACUAUAUGCAAAUACGGUUGUAUAAAGUUAAGGGUUAUAAGGAAACCUCAGUAGAAUUACACUAAUACUGAAGUUAAAAUUAAAAGGAUAUCCAAGGUGAUGAUAAAGUGUGUGUUGGUAGUUACUAAAAAAACCUUAGCUGUUAUUGCCUUGUAUUUCUAUCCCUUGUUUCAGGCUUCAUGAUCCAAGUCUUAGUCCAGGUUUUUUUUGGACAUUUGCAAUAUUUGCCAGUUGUGUUCUGUGUAGUCUGAAUUUGCUUUCUGUAGUUGAACAAGCGUCUUAAAAAGUCAUUUGUAAUUUAUUGAAUUACUUUCUAUGAUGUUCUAUAGAGCAAAUGGAAGUUUAAUUAUUUUUUAUUAAACAUAUUCUUUGACUACCCGUGAUGUCGGCCUCAGUAUGUGAAAGUAAUGCUGUGUAAGGAUUAAACAUGGAUCUUCCAGCAACAAAACUCAAGUUUUCAGUGCUAAGUUUUAAAACUGAAAUUAUUCUUAAGACCUUAAAAAGCCCUGCAAACAAG